GUUGCCAUGGUGACGACAAACAUUUGAUCGACCGCUUUUUGGAUUGCAGCGCACACAUGCGACGAUGAUGGAGCGCUGAGAAUCGCGAGGAAAACCUGGAACGACCCCACACGUCUCAGGUGUUGCAGCUCCAGUUGUUGUCAUCUCUUCCAUCCAGAAACAAAGACGAUGAAAGCUCUGGAGGAUGAAGAUCAUACUGGGAACAUGCUUUUCAGAGCAGAGCCCUCACAGCAGUGGAGGUCGGCUGAAGUUUACGGGGAGAGACGCUCUGCAGGAAACCCGUGUUUUAUCUCCAGCCUCCAGUUCAAUAAGGACGGGAUGAUUGUGCCACAUAGGAUUCUUGGCAGCUUAGAAGAUUUCACAACAUAUCUUGAGGUCAAAGGGGAGAGUCAGCUGCUGAGGCGAAUACCCGAGUCCUCCGUGGAUUGGUCUUCUGACACUGGGGGGGGACGGCUCUUCAGCGCCUGCGGUGUGGGUCACACAAGCAUCCAGGGCACAAUCCCUUGGAUGAGGUCUCAAAAGCAGAACGUCUUAUCUGGAGUUUCUUCUGCAGCAUCUCCACAUCGUCAUCACAGCUGCCAGGAAGCAGUAAACACUAUACCAGAGCAGAGCCGAGUGGGAGCUGGAGUACAGGUCUUGUUUGAGACUCUGACUGGGGAACCAGGUUGGUCUGUCUUGGAUCUUCAGAAUGGAGGCUGCACAGUCAUCUCUUACAGCUGGCAGAGACUCUCAAAGGAAAAGAGCUUCCCACAGCUGCACUACCAGGAUGAGAAAACUCACUUUCACUUCAACUCCUCCAGUGGUGUGAUCUGUCCUGGUGACUCUUUGCGAGUGGAGGUUCUCUUCGUGUCAGAGAAGCCGGGCAUACAAGCAGAGCACUGGCAGCUAAACACUACUGGAGUUUGUCAGCAAGUUAUCUUAAUUGGAGUAUGUUUGCGACGUGAUCCAACGGCAGAGUUGCAGUUACACCUGCGAGCUAAGCUUGAGAAGAAGGCGGUGAGGGAAACUUGUCAACUGAUUUUAAGUCAGAUGCUGGAGAAAAUCUGCACCCCAGGAAGGUCAAGCAGCCCUCCACAUCUUCUGGACUCGGAGGAGCAACAUUUGGGAAGCACAAAGGGAGAAGCAGAGUCAUUGGAAGAACUGGAGAUAAUGUGGAGAGAAGUUACUGGAAGAGAAGAAUGGGAUCUAUCUGUGGACACCCUGCGACAGUGUGUGCUGUCUCUGCCCGAUGCUGAACCCAGACUGGGACCCUCCAUUAGAGAAGAGAGACUCACUAAACUCAAUAAAAUACUGCUUCAGGGUUCAGAACCAUCAGAGUUGAAACAUCUCCAUCUGACAGCAGUCACUGCAGGGCGGCAACUCUGGAGGAACUUGUUGGACACCAUGGCUGUGGAGGCGGAAAGAAUUCAAGGCCUGCUGGGUGUUUCAGAGAUCCAAACGUGGAGCUAUGAGGAUGGACGUCCAGCAGGAGAGGCAACCAACAAACAAGAGGACCGGAACAGGGAGAAGGGGGCUGCUGGAGGGAGGAAGAGCGGGUUUACAACUGACAACAAGAGGGGGUUUGAGCCACCAUCAACAGGUGACCUGCAGGUGAGAAAUGAGAAGGGAGUGAAGGACGGUCCAGAGGGACAGCUAGAGGGCUCCCCCCUCCCCCCAAGAAACCCCCCAGCAUCCUCCAGCUUCAGGAGGAUGUUUCUGAGAAAGGUCUAUGGUCUGAUGGAGGAUCUGCUGGAUGCUCUUUGUGACGUCAUUGAUGAGCUCCGUGAGGUUUAAUCGCAAAAAAAAAAGAUGAGAAAAUAAACUUCUUUCUUGUGACGGU